UCUCUCUCUCUUCCUAAUUCAUAAGAAAUAAAUAAACUUAUAUUUUGGAUUCUGACUCUGCCUUUCGCCGUAUUUCUGACAUUUCCUCCUCACAUCACCCCAUAAAGCAAACAACACAGAGGAAAUAAACCAGAAAAGAAUCUCAUACAGUACAAAAUAAUUCAAAAGCAAACCCAAACAGAAUAAAAACCCAUCUCUCUCUCUCUCUCUCUCUAAACAAGAAUAAAAACCCCACAUUUCUCUUCCCGCUUUGUUUCUCAUCUUUUCUCUAAGAAGAAAACCUCUUUGGCUCUUCCGCCAUGAACACGCCCGCUUGCGGACCCGACCCGGUUUCACCCAACACCACAUACGUCCAAGCCGACCCGGCAACUUUCAGGGCCGUGGUCCAGAAGCUGACCGGAGCACCCGAAGACCCAUCAGCCCAAAAGCUCCCUCUCACCCUCCCAGCCCGCUAUUCCAACCCAAAGCCCACCACCGCCACCGAAAUGGGGCCCCGGCGACCCGCUUUCAAGCUCCACGAGCGCAGGCAUGCCACCAAGAAGCUAGAGCUCAACCUCAACACGGCGAACCCAUCCGCCUCAUGUGGGCCCCACGGUAGGCCCAGAGGGUUUGUAGGUUUUGGGAGCCAUCACGAGAUGGUGAUGGUUUCGCCCGUUUCGACAUUGGACUUUCUCGCACGUGGGAGCCCGAGGACGCCCGCGUCACCAUGUGAAGAUGAAGAUAGGGCCAUUGCUGAGAAGGGGUUCUAUUUGCACCCAAGUCCUCCGCUAAGUACACCCAGAGGCUCUGAGCCUCCUGAGCUAUUGCCUCUGUUUCCCCUCCAUUCUCCACGAGAUAGCCAGAACUCUUCUUCUGCUACUUAAUUAGCAACCCAACCAAAUUUUUUAUUUUUUAUUUUAAUUUUUGAUCAAUUUUUAUGUUGUUCAUGAGGUUAUUAUUAUAGUGGUAAUUAUGGGUUUGGAUAUUUUUAAAAUUUUCCCUUUUAAUCUUUGUGUUUUUUAUUUUUAAAAACUUUGCGUCCAUGAUAAUAAUGUAGGCUAGAAUUUUUUUGGGAAGAAUGAGGAGCUGUGCUUCUUGGUCUACUGCUUAAAAAAAAAAGAUGUAAAUGUCAAUUUGGAAAAAAAGGAAAAGAAAAGAAGCAAAAGCUGUUGAUGUGUGAGGCUAUAUCAGAAUUGACAAAAUAGAGACAAGACCAAAAUGCUGUAAAUGUGCGAGGUUCUAUCACAAUAGAAUACUGUGGCCAAAAUAAAAGUGGCAUGAGGAGGCAUGGUUCCUUCCUUGUCUGCAGCCC